AUGAGGAGUAUUACAGUGAACACCAAUGUUCCGGCAACUAAAGGGUUGGCGGAGCUCAACCACCACCACCGGGACGAACUCAAGCAAGUCAGAAAUGGAGCGGGGAUUGAUGGUCAAGGUCUCUCUGAAGAAGACGAGUCAAGGAUUAACGAAGAUGUGAAUAGUGGUCGCCAGAACCAGAAAAACCUGGUUCACAUUCAUCCCCCCCACGAUGCUCUCCAUAGACAACAUCAACAAAAUCAAGGCUCCAUGGUUGAAUGGGAGAGGUUUCUUCCUCUUAGAUCUCUCAAAGUUCUUCUGGUUGAAAACGAUGAUUCAACUCGUCAUGUUGUCAGUGCUCUCCUCCGUAAUUGCAGCUAUGAAGUUACGGCUGUAGCAAAUGGUGUAGAAGCAUGGAAAGUGUUGAUUGAUCAAAACAAACAAAUCGAUAUUGUUUUAACGGAGGUUUUAAUGCCAUAUUUAUCGGGUAUUGGUCUUUUAUCCAAGAUCAUGAACCAUGUGACUCGCAAGAAUGUCCCAGUGAUAAUGAUGUCAUCCGAUGACUCAAUGGGUAUAGUCUUUAAUUGUUUAUCCAAAGGUGCUGUUGACUUUUUAGUCAAGCCUAUUCGAAAGAAUGAGCUAAAAAACCUCUGGCAGCAUGUAUGGAGGAAAUGUCACAGUUCUAGCGGUAGUGGGAGUGAGAGUGGUAUUCGGACUCGUAAAUCUUCUGCAAAAUCAAUAACCAACAACAAACAUGAUCAUGAUGAUGAUAAUGAUGAUGAUGAUGAGGAUGAGGAUGAGGAUGAUAGCCAUACCAGUGAUGAUGACGUAAGCAUGGAUUUAACUGCCAAAGGUGGCAGCGAUAAUGGAAGUGGAACUCAGAGUUCAUGGUCAAAGAGAGCUGUAGAAGUUAAUAGCUCCCAAGCGCAAUCCGUGUGGGACAAAUUACAAGAUCCACGUGUCAGAAAACAACAUGUCACCCAGGAAGAUAAACUAGAAACUGUUGAAAUGGGGAAAGACUUGGAAAUCGGAGUCCCUAACAGUUCAAGUUUCGAGGUUGAAGAUGCAAAGAAAAAGUCAAUGAACAAGUUUUCCGGGUCAAAUUUGAAAAAAGUGGGCGAUGAUUUGGAUAUUAGUAUGAAAAUUGGUUGCGAAAAUGGUCCCACCAAGAUGACGAUGACGAAUGUUCAGAUUGAAGCUUUACCAAAAGCAACCCAAUUGCUCAAGAACAUUAAUAUUGAAAAUAAUAAUACUAAUAUUAAUAAUAGUAAUAAUAAUAAUAAAUCUAUUUAUUAUUCAAAAGAAUCGCCUACCCUGGAGCUGAGUUUAAAGAGGCCAAGAGACGUGGAAGAUGCCGAUGCCGAUGCCGAUGCCGGUGGCGAUGACCGGAAUGUGUUACGCCAUUCCGGUGUUUCAGCUUUCUCAAGGUACAACACCAACACUGUAUCGAACGUUAAUCAGGCUCCAACUGGAAUCGUAGGCAGCUGUUCGCCAUUAGGUAUCAGCUCAGAAGCAGUAAACGCCGAUAACAUAAAUUCCAACUCAAACGGAAACCGUAAUCAGCCGUCGAAUGGGAGCGACGAUAUGGGGUCCACCACUAAUAACGCUUUUCCAACCAAACCGGAUGACAAACCGGUCCCAACUGGAAACGGUUCAACCAUCCAAAUCCAAGCGGUUCACCUUACUUCCACCACCAACCUUCAACCUCUCGAGCCCUGUACUGACGGUGAUAACACAAAGGCGGCGGGGCAGCAGGUUCAAGUCCGUCACCACCACCACCACUACCACCACCACCACCACCACGUCCAUAAACUUCAGCAACAGAAAAUGGUGGAUCCCGACAUGGUUUCGAAUAUUUUGACGGUGUCGGCUGAAGGAAACGCGGCUAAUUUUGGGAGUGCCUCGGGAAGCAAUAAUAAUGAUAAUUAUAUUAAUAAGAGUAAUGGGGAAAUGGAAAAAGGCGGGGGUUGGCAGCAAGUAAAAAGCGCUGCUCCGGCGGUUGAUAAUGGAGUCGCCGGAAAAUGUAACGGCGGUGAUGGAAGCGGAAGUGGUAGUGGACGAGGGAGCGGGGUGGAUCAAGACCGGUUAGCGCAACGAGAGGCUGCCCUGAAUAAAUUCCGUCAGAAGAGGAAAGAAAGAUGCUUCGAGAAAAAGGUGCGAUACCAAAGCAGAAAGAGGUUGGCAGAACAGAGGCCACGUGUCCGUGGACAAUUUGUUCGACAUGGUGCUAACGGCGUUAACAAUGAGGAUGCUGAUUCGUAACGGUUGUCAAGUCGGUGUUUGUUGUUUUUCUAUAUGAAAUAAUAAUAAGUAGAUGAAAAGGUUAACUGUUGUUGUUGUUGGGGGUAGAUAUGAAGUUAUGAAGGGUACAUUUGAAGAUGGGAUACAUGGGACACACAAUGAAGAAUUAGAAGGAUGAAAUUUGACUGAGUCUUCGAUGAGGAUAUAUUAUAGUCCCAUGUUUCUCUAGGAGGAAGCUUUUUUUUUUUUUUUUUUUUUUAAAUCCGAG